AUGGCACCGGAGAGGAUUUUGCGCAUUCCACGCAGCGACAGCCCGGAAGAUUUCGUUCUGGUCAAGGUUUCGAGGUCUGGUAAGAAUGAGCUUGAUCUCAGUCUGGUCGCUACUGAAGGAGAGGAUCCUUACGCCGGCUCUGUGAAAACGUCCCAAAUAAGCAAGCUACGUGCCAAAAACUAUCGUGGCAGCGACGAGGAAUGGUCUGGAAUCCUGUCUUACGUAUUCAACCAAGAUGAAGGCGCCCUCAAAUCGGACGACUGGGCGGCUGGACUGGAGACAAUUGCGACGGUUAGGUCAAUGGGAGACGAGGACGAGGAAGACGGCAACAAAGAGGUCGUUAUAACACUCCGGAAACGGAUUGAUGCCAUUACGCAACGCUUGGGCUCAAUCACGCUUAAACAAGACGACGACCAGGCGAUUCAAUUGUUUGACUGGAGUGGCAUCGCUGUCGCCCGGGCAAACAGCCUGUCUCAAGAAAUAGUCUCCCUAAACGCCAAGUAUCGCGACGCAGAAAACACCAUCAAUCAGCUCAAUUCCCAAUUGGAGGAGUUAAUUCAGGCGAAAAAGGAACACGACGACCAGCUAGUUGCUAAAUUUGCCCAACUGCUAAACGAGAAAAAACUGAAAAUCCGUAACCAACAGCGACUUCUGGCCGCUGCAAAGAUCGAUCCCACGAAAGCUGCCGAGUUAGAGGCUGCAGAAGCCGAAAAGAAACCCAGAAAAGCCGACGUGAGUAGAAAAUCAAAACGGAAAGCUCAAGCGCCCCCAAGCGACUCUGAAAGCGAAGAUGCUUUUGACACAAUGGAUGUGGACACAAAGGACAACGACGCUGCAAACAACCAAGAGGAAAAAGCACAGGAAGACGAAACCGCAACGGAAUCUGACCGCCCAUCAACCCCUGACCCGUUAGAGGAUGAAGAAACGGCGCCCGAAGACGAACAACCUGAGGUACCGGCCCCUGUGCCAUCGAAAAGUAAGGAGCGCACUGCACCGAAUGAUAAUAAAGGAGGAAAAUCCAGUGCUCCUUGGACUCAAGAACCUGCUUCCAGCCCUCCUCCUCGUCGUGAGCUACCUUUUACAAGGAGAGGAAGGAAUGCUAAACCAGCACCAGUCGUUGCUGAACGCAAGCGGGAUGAAGUCGAGACCGAAAGCGAUGAUGAAUUAUAA